AACUGUAUUCUGGACUGCUACCAGUUGUCAGCUGAACAGUUGGCUGCAGCUUGUCUGAGGAACCAUAGCACAGCCCUCAAUAUGAGUGCUCAGCAGACGCGGCUCUGUGAAGGCAGCACGACCAGCAACAAUAAAAGAGGGUCUCUAGAUUUUACAAAAAUAAUUUUAAACAUUUUUUUUAAGACUGAAGAAAAAAAGGAAGAAUUAAGAAAACUUGUUGAGUUAAUAUCAUCACUGGAAUGUAAUGUGAAUCGAGUAAGAAAGAAAAAUCAUGAAUUAGAACAAGAGGCAACUGGAUAUAAGAAACUCCUGGAAAGGACAAUAAAUAUGUUAUAUGUAUUUGGAAAUGAAGAGUUUGGUUUCCAUGGAGACUUAAAAACAGAUAAACUGAAAAUGGAUAUUCUGAUUAAGAAGCUAAACCAUAAGUUUGAUGAUCUUAUGGCAGAGAAGGAAGCUGUAUCUUCAAAAUGUGUCAAUUUGGUGAAAGACAAUCAAGUUCUUCAACAGGAGUUAUUAUCUAUGAGAAAAGUACAACAGGAAUGUGAAAAACUUGAGGAGGAUAAAAAGAUGUUGAAAGAACAAAUAUUAAAUCUUAAGACACAUAUGGAAAACAAUAUGGUAGAACUUGGCAAAGUACAAGAAUAUAAAUCAGAGCUAGAUAAAAAGGCAAUGCAGGCAAUAGAAAAAUUAGAAGAAAUCCAUUUACAGACACAAGCACAACAUGAAAAACAAUUGGAGCAGUUAAGCAAGGAUAACAUGGCUUCACUAAAUAAGAAGGAACUCAUGCUUAAAGAUGUGGAAUGUAAAUUCUCCGAAAUGAAAACUGCUUAUGAAGAGGUUACAACCGAAUUGGAAGAAUAUAAGGAAGCCUUUGCAGCAGCAUUGAAAGCUAACAAUUCCAUGUCAAAAAAAAUAACAAAAUCGAAUAAGAAAAUAGCAAUGAUCAGCACCAAGCUCCUUAUGGAGAAAGAGCGGAUGAAACAUUUUCUCAGCACUCUUUCUACAAGGCGAGACCCAGAGUCACCUUGUGUUGGAAAUCUUACUAGUAGAGGACUCAACAGAAAAUAUAUUCCCCAAAUGCCCAUCAGAAUUCCUACUUCAAACCCACAGACUUCAAAUAACUGCAAGAACUACUUCACUGAGAUGGAGCCGGACCGUGUAGAACAAAUAAUUAGAGAAACAAAGAGAACUGUUGCUGUGUUGGACACUUUCACCCGUCUACUUUCUUCUACAGAAUCCACUGUUGAACCGUAUUUUGUGUGGUGAUGAUCUGAGGCUCUGUAAAUAUCUGGUUACUCCUCAAAACACACUAGAUUUGGCAUUUCAUGGAUGACUUGUGUUUGAGCAAUUAUUACUGCAAUGGUUGCCAGGUGAUUAUUUUCUGAUUCUCUUCUUUGUUCUACAUGGAGAAAUAAAAACAAUAAAUAAGGGAGAAGGGAAAGCUCAUGAUUCUGGUGCUCCAAUUCCCCAAGAUUAGGCCAGUGGUAGAUAUUCUAAGCUGACUCUUUAUGUCUUUUUGAUUUGUGCCUGUUACUCUGUCAGCACUUUUUUACUUUCUGGCACAAGAUGUUCUAAGAUAAUCUUGUGUUUUCUCUGCCCCAGCCCUGAAAUGAGUGAUUUUUUUUGGAA